AUGCUGAGUUCGAAUUCCGGAACGAAACACCUCUCUCAGGUGCUGAAGAAGACAUUUGAGGACGGCUGGCUUACAAACUAUGGCGUUCUCGAUGAGGAAUUCAGUACCGCGGUUCUUACCAGAAAGGACAAUCAUGAAUUCGAUCUUGUGCCUCAUCGCACGAUCCCUUACCAAUAUAUCGACGAUCCUAAAUUCGGCAAGGGCGAGACACCGGAUGACCACCAUGUCUUCUGGUUCUUUGUCAAACAUACUCCGGCUUCAGGGAGCGGCAAAUCUUCUCCCGCAUCAACAACGUCGAGCCUCCCCGCCCCUCACGCAGGGCGUGAACCGCGUGAUCAACAGCGCAAAGACUCCCUACCUAGACCGCUGUCAGAGUCACCACCUCACUCGGACAGCUCUUCAACCCACAGCGGCAGCACCAGAUCCGGCGACAAGUCGUCCACCAUGCGGUCGCCCACUUUAACCGCUUCAUCAGUUGCUUCCUUGGGUGGGAAGGAGCUCCCUCCUCCACCCAACAAACUCUUCAUUAUCCACAGCCAAGUGACCUUCGACAAGGUUCCCAUUCACUACUACGUCGGAUAUGACGAGCGCGGCAGAUGCCUUCUGGCAAAGAUGCCCACAGAUGAUGUGGAAGCAUGCAGCUUGCUCGACAACGUCUGCCCGAACAUGACCUUUGCCGUGCUUAGAGAUAGGAAGGAGUUCCUGGAGUGGAUAAAAACCGGCUGCAAUGAAAUGACCUGGAACGAACUCGUCGGCCACCUCAACCUGGCACUCACCGGCCACGUCAAAUUUGUCACACACAACUCCGCAAAGACGUUGGAAAUAAUUAGCGCUGCCCAAGAAGCGGACAAGAACGCUGAAGCGGACAAGAAAGCUGAAGCAAAGAAGAAAGCUCCGGUCCUAGGGAAAUAA